UCACACCAGUGUUGUGCACAUUAAACAACACUACAGACACACCCUCGGAGAAUUACUUCCUCUCUCUCCUCAACACCUCUCUCUCUCUCUCUCACCCUGUGUAACUACAUUUAUUUAUACAGAGAGAAUGGGGAGACGAAAUCGUUGAUCCUCUCCGGAAAAUCACCACAGACAGCCUUUUGUUCUUCCAGGUAAGUUACAGCAGUGCUGCCUUGUACUGGGGAAAUUUGGCUAAAAGCUAUGCAGAAUUGUGAUAACUAGAAUUUUUUGAAUUUUCACUAAGGUUUUUUUUUCCCCCUUAGAUUGCAUGACUUGAUUUGAUAUUCAAGAAGGAAUUAUACUUGGAAAAACAGAUGAUCAUGGGAGGUGAUUUUAACUUAAAUUCUUCACAAGUCUAUACUGAUUCUUUUAAAGAAAUUUUGAGGCAGACAAUGCUCAAUCAUGAGGUUACAUUCCAAAAACAGGUCCAUGAACUCCACCGGAUUUAUAUCACGCAAAAGACCCUGAUGAAAGAUUGUUACUCGAGAGAGUUGAAUUGGCUCCAAUCAGAAAAUGCAGCAAGCACACAGUUGAAUCGUCAUCCCUUUUCAGAUCAACUUGGGCAGGAACCUCAUUCGACUGAGAAAACACAUUCCACAAUCUUCUUGGGGGGUUCAACACAAUCGUUUCAGCGUAGUGCUACUCAAGAAGGUGGAGAUUUCUGCCAUAGACUUUACCAGAGGCCAAAUUUUUCCACCAACUGCAUGAGUUACACUGACACAGACAUUUUAGUAGCAGGUUGCAACCAGGAUUUUAUUGGAAAAUCUAAUGAAAGAAAAAACUGCUUUUCUGAAGAUGGUUCUUGCUGUCCAGAUGAGGUAAAGCUUUCCCUGAGCAUCGGUGGGAGCAGUAAGAAGAAGGCUGCUCGCAGGAAUUUUUUAACUGAUAAGAAUAGGUGUGUUUCCUCCCAAGAAAUCAUUGAUUUAGAGGAACCAGCAGAGAUGUCAGGUUAUGACAAUCAGCCUGGCUUUCCAAUACAUGAUCAAGUCACUUCUGGACCUAGGAAAGAUUCUCAAUCUUCUUCAAAAUUUUAUCAAAAGAUCAAUGACAUCACGGUAAAAGAUCCAGCUGAUUCGUUCUCGACGCCCCACUCUGGUAUAGGUAGCAACAUCUCUCAGGAGAGAUACUCUUUUAAAAUAGGACUUAAUGAACGCGAUGAUGAUAGGCCAGGUGACAGUAUGUUCACCAAAGACAAACUGUUGAGUAAUGUUGCUCUAAGUUUGGACCUUAACAAGAUCCAACUUGAUGAAUCUUCGACUCGGUCAAAUAAUUCACUGUUGGGAUAUACUUCAGCGGGCAGCUCUACAGGUGAUGCAAUUCUAGGUUUGAGGGAUCCCAAUGGGAAAAAUAGUGCUAAUGUAUCAAAAACAAUCUUCAAGUCAAAAGGAAAGGAUAAAAAUAUUCCAUGCAGUACCGAUCUUGAGUCUAUAUCUAAGUUGCUGUCAUGUGAUCAACCAAGCAAUCAUUUAUUGAACAUAGACACCCGCAUAAAUCUUCAUUGUGGAAAAAUUAGAGAUAUUGCUAAGUUUGAAGAGAAUGUCAGAAAGUUAAAUGAAGAUGUUAAUCUUGUACCAUCAAAUAGAAGUCAAAGUGCAACUGGAGAUACAGAUUGCUGCAGACGUUCUUCUCCAUGCGACUUUGAUUGCGUUGUUAAUGACACUCUGGACGCUGCCAGAACCAUGCAUUCUGGAACUGAUUUGGAAAGAGGUCUUUCUUCUUCCUGUCUAAUCCAAAAUGCUGAGUCAUCUCAGGUAGCAGAAAAUGCUUGCCAGCUAGACCUGAGCUCUUCUAGCAUCAGCAAAACAGAACUUCAAGUCCGUGACAAGAUGAAAAGAGAGUCAACAGAUAUAGAUACUUUCAUCCAAGAAGCAGCUGCAUCGCUAAUUAGUAUUUCAUUGGAAAGUCGAACUGAGAACCAUCAUAGUCCAGCCAAAUUUAGAUCAGACCGAAUCAAUGGUGAUGAAGCUGACCGAAACAUUAUGCGAGACCAGCCUGAGAGUUCUUCUGAUUCCUACGAAUCAAUGGUGAUGAAGCUGACCGAAACAGGUGCAGACGAUUAUUGUGUUUCAUCGAAUCCUUUUGAAGUGCAUGAACUGUGUAAUAAGGAUACUGGAAUUAAAUUGAGAAGGGGAAGGAGGCUAAAGGAUUUCCGAAAAGACAUACUUCCCGGCAUGGCAACUCUUUCACGGCAUGAAAUACGUGAGGAUAUAAACAUCAUGGAAGGAGUAUUGAGAUCGAGGGAAUACAAAAGACUGCGAUCAAAGGCGGGCAACACAGGGAACUGGUUUACACCUGUUAAAAGCAGGCGAUCGCGACGCAAUCACGGUGGCCAGAAAAACUAUCAGUAGUAGAAGUUUUACCAAUCCUUUUAAAUUUUAUCCUAGUAUUGAACAUGCAAUAGAAGUUUUUCUCAAUCCUUUUUAACUUAUACCUUUAAGUUGAUCAUGAGUAUUGUGUUUUUAGAUGUUCUUGUUAUACUGAUUUGGUGGUAAUCAAGUUUCUUUGCUGGA